GAAUAUGAUUCCCGUUAAUGUCGCGAGUGUCGAUCCGUGCAGUGGAAAGGAACGGGCGAGUGUUCUUUGAUGUGGAUAGAACAUAUCGAUGAGGAAAUACAUAUUUUCCAGCCAUCGGCUUGGAGUUCAAAUAGAGAGAAUCCACGCCUGACACCUUAGGACAACCCCGAACCAGCCAAGAUGUCGGUGCGCAGCGGUCGUGUUGUGAAGACAGUGCGGACCCUCACCCGGCCAGCACUGGAAGCAGCUUGUGCAUACUCUGGCUACAACUGUACUCUGUCCCGCCUAGAGGGGUAUGAGUAUUGCAACCGCCACAUUCUGGAGGACAAGGGAGCCCCCUUCCGACAAUGCAAUUACAUUUUCACCAGUACGGGCAAGCGCUGCCUCCGCCCGGCACCAACCACAGAUAGGAAGGAAGGGUACUGCAGUGAGCAUUCCCGCAAAUCACUGAUGGUGCGGCAGCGAGCAGCUCGAAAGGUCCAGCCCCGCGAGACCCCUGAGACUUUGCUUGCCCAGCUGGCCCACCAUCAGAUGGACACACACACAGCGGGACAGAAUGCAAUUCCAGACCCUGCAAGCGUUCCAGGCAUAGCAUCGGCUGCUCUGGAAUAUGCCAGUGACACGGACAGUGAGGGAGAGUUCUCCACGCUCCCCCCUGACUCGCUUCCUAGACGCGAGGCCGACAGUGAAUUGGACUCGGCUGACUCUGAUGCUGACCCCCUGGAGCAUGCCCAGGUGUUCACAACAGAGGAGAUCACCAGGAUUUACCUAGAGAAGCUUCAAAGAUUAAAGCCAGUAUCCAUGCCCAACCAAAGGGAACGCCAGAGGAGAGAGCAGCGUACAACCAGCUAAAGGCAAUGGUCAGGUACCAUCGCCACCUGGGAACGCAUGCACUCUUGUACCGACAACAGUAUGAGAGACGCUUGCAGGUGACAGAAGGUGUAAACUACAAACCUGGACCAAGUGUUGGCUGUGUGAAGUGCAUCUAUAGUGAGGGAUCUUGGCGGUGUGGGGAGAAGUCAAUACCUCUCUCAAAAUACUGCGCCAAGCAUAUCCUACAUGACCCGAACCAAGUGCUCUUCGGGGCGUGUGGUGUCAGCAGGUAUGGUGACGACGGCUGUUCCAUGCCUGUGAUCUCAACCCCCCACACCACAACCUGCAUCUACCACACACCCAUACCCGACCCCCUACCUGUGAGUGUCCCCCCAGUGGAGGACAUGGAUGCGAGUGGCCUAGGGGGGGCCUAUUCAGUGACGGAUGAGUCCCUGAACCCAAGUGAUGCUAGCGGCCACCUGGCGACCCCAGGACCCCAGCAGAUCAUCGACUUGUCUGAGAGCCACAGCUUCAUUGUCACUGAGGUCCCUCCGGAGAAUGUGAUGGAGGGGGACGGGGAAGAGACUGAGAUAUCCGUGCCGGCUGGAACAAAGACAUAGAUGUGUAUAUAGAUGGAUAUUUAUUUCCUAUUCUUCAUUUUUUUGUUUCUACAGGUAUUGAUUAUUAUUUUGAUAUAUUACUGUUUUAUUUGAGAUUACUAUUAUCUUUAUUUUUGUAAUGUUAUAUGCUUAUGAAGGAAGAAAAAAGCUUUAAUUUGGAUUUUUUAUUAGUUCCUUUUUGGGGAUUUUUUUUCUUUGGAUGUUCUGAUUUGUUUUGUAAAGAAAAUUUAUUUUAAUUUAGACAAUAUUGUUCUGUCGGAUAAAACUGAUGGUAAUGAUGUAUAUAAGUGAUGUAGGAAUAAGUUAUUAAUUUCCAGUUUCAUACUGAUAUUAAAAAAAAACUUGUUUAA